ACGUAGCUCUGACGUCGCAUGUAGAAUAUGUUGGUGCUACGUGGAUAGGAAGUUAUGCUCGAGCAGCCAGACAGGAACUAAACAAAACAAUGCUGAGAAGUGCAACGUAGAGGCAGAGUGAAGCGUAAACAAAGCCGAAAAUUAUGCUCAGCCCACUGUUUGUUUAUCGGUGUUGUUGAUUUUAAUUGUAACAUGGGUUUAUGAGGACUGUCAGCGCAGCGUCAGUGUUUCUGGCAGCAGAAUUAGCUGCUAAGCUAAUGUGGACAACGGCCUAAGAGAUACAUAACGUUACACGCCAACCUUGCUCGGGAGUAAACCAGUUUAUAUUUGGGACAUUUUAAAUAAUGAUUUGUUGUAUGUAGACGUUUUGCGUCAUUGGUACACAACCAGGGCAAAUUACAGCAAUAUGAGUUGGUUCAACGCAUCACAUCUGUCUAGUUUUGCUAAACAAGCUCUGACAACUGCUCAGAAAUCAAUCGAUAGAGUUUUGGACAUCAAAGAAGAGGACCAGUGGGGUGACACGACCGACCAGACCUAUGCAGAUGCACCUGGCAAGCCGGUUUCAACAGGAUGGGGUAUGAACCAGUGGAAUUCUCCCACAGAGGAACAUACUAAUACUCUCCCCCCAUCAUCAGAGGCUAUCACUAAGCCUGUCACACGGACUGUGCUUGAUGAAUCUGAGGAUUUCUUCAGUGUCUUUCUGCCCCAUGGGGAUGUACAAACUGUGAGCAGCACUAAGGUGGUGUCUGUGCCACCUUCCAAGACUAACCGCAGGCUGCGGGAAAAAACAGCUAGAAAGGAUAAAGAACUGGAAAUCAAAAACAGUGUAAACUCUCAUUCACAUGGUCAGGUGGUCCUCAAAAGAUGCAGCAGUCAAGAUACCACAGAGACCAUACAAACUGGGACAGAGCUUUUGGAGCAAACAUCAUCUUUAGCAAAUGUGCUAUCACAAGCAGAAUUAGUUGUUCCAGCUUCGGUCGUUGCCGAGGAGCAACCCUUGGAAACUGAAACCAGCGUGGACAGGACAGAGUCUGAUGGCUUGGCUUUAACUAGUGAUGUCACACUCACAAAUGUACCUUUGUCCUCCUCGGAGACCGAAUCUGCCAGUGUUUUUGAUGGCUCUGAACCACCUUUGACCAUUGAGAGCAAAAAUCCAGUUAAAAGCUCGCCUGUCCCGAUUAAAGAAAUCCUGCCAGAAUCCAAAGACGCUAAAUCGGAAGACAGACAAAGCGACACCCCGUCACCUCCUGUAAGUGCCUUUUCCUCUGGGACUUCCACUACCAGCGACAUCGAGGUUUUGGACCAUGAGAGUGUGCUCAGCGAGAGCUCUGCCAGCUCCAGACAGGAGACCGCUGAGGCUAAAGCAGGGCUCCACCUUAUGCAGGGCUCCUUCCAGCUGCUCUCCGCUUCAACGUGUGCCGAUUUCCCCCGUUUGGACGAAUACCCAAAGCUCACGGAAAGCUGCGGCUCCUCCUCAGAUGCCUUCGAGCGCAUCGACUCAUUUAGAGUGCAGUCGUUGGACAGCCGAAGCGUCAGUGAAGUCAAUUCUGAUGAUGAGAUACCCGGUAACCGCACUUUAGCCUCCAUCACAGCUGGAAGCAUGCCUGCUCCUGUUCAGUCAGCCCCUGAGACCAAACAGGGGGAGGAGGAUGGAAUGACAGAGUCGAUGAACGACCAAUCACUGGAUGACAAUGAGAUGGAGGAGAGCGGGCGCAGUGCAACACCGGUGAACUGUGAACAUACGGACGAGCUACAGGAAGUUGACGAGGAGCCUGAGACUGACCUCACACUGAUCAACCAAAAAACUGAUGCGAGUGAAACUGUGACAUCACCGACCACUGAAGAACAGGGACCUUCAGCCUUUCAGAUUUCGGAGCUUCAAAGGAUUAUUGAGGAGCUCUCAAGCCGUCUAGAGAAGAGAGAAUCACAGUUACUUGCAGUCAGUAAAGACAAGGCCAGACUUGAGGAGGACAAUGACAAUCUCAAAGAUGAGAUGAUCAAUUUAAAGGAAGAAAGCUCCUCUGUUCAGUCUUUAAAAGACGAGUUUACUCAGCGCAUUGCAGAAACUGAGAGGAAAGCUCAACUCGCAUGCAAAGAAAGAGACAUCGGCAAAAAGGAAAUUAAGGGCCUCAGAGAAGAACUGGCGAGCAGAUUAAACUCAAAUGAGACUUUGGAACUGAUAAAAGAGAAGGAGGAGCAGAUUCGAGAGCUUCUUGAAGAAGGCGAGAAACUGUCCAAACAACAGUUGCAGCACUCCAACAUUAUAAAGAAACUGCGUGUUAAAGAGAAGGAAUGUGAUGCACAGAUCACCAAACAGACCAGAAAACUUAAAGAGCAGGAAGAGGAACUGAAACACUUGCAGCAGGUUCUGGACGGUAAGGAGGAAGUAGAAAAGCAGCACAGAGAAAACAUCAAGAAACUGAACGCUGUGGUCGAGCGCCAGGAGAAGGAAUUAAGCAGACUGCAGACCAGCAAUGAGGAGCUUCAGGAGAAGAACCGCAGUUUAGAAGCAGCCUUGGACAGUUCCUACAAGGAGUUAGCAGAGCUGCACAAAGCCAAUGCCACCAAAGAUAGUGAGGCUCAGGAACUGGCAUUGAGCAGAGAGGUGCAGGCGAAAGAUGAGCUGAGUCUGGCAUUAGAAAAAGCCCAGGAAGAGUCCCGCCUCCAACAAGAGGCUCUGGCCAAUCAGGUGGCAGAUCUGAGGCUAGCUCUGCAGCGGGCUGAGCAGCAGCAGGCCAAGAAAGAAGAUUACCUGAGAGAGGAGAUCAGUGAGCUGCAGCAGAGGUUGCAAGAGGCAGAGACCAGGAAUCAGGAGCUCAGCCAGAGUGUUACUUCAGCAACACGGCCCCUCCUUCGGCAGAUAGAGAACCUUCAGGCCACGCUGGGGGCCCAGACAACAUCAUGGGAAAAACUGGAGAAGAACAUCUCUGACCGCUUAGCUGAUGCUCAAGCCCAGCUUGCAGUUUCUGUGGAGAAAGAACGCUCAGCUACAGAGGAGCUGCUAGCUAUUAGAGCGCAGAUCACAUCUUUAGAAUCCCAGACAUCUCUGUUGAGACAGGAUAAGGGGCGUCUGCAGGGUCAACUGGAUGCAGAGAGGAUGAGGCGAGAAAAACUGGAGGAUGACUUCAGCAGGGAGCGUGUGGAGCUGGAUAAUCUUAAAGCAGAUCACACUCGAGUUGUGGAGGACGCCAAGAAGGAGAAGUUGCUACUCACCAACCAGCUGGAAAUGGAAAAAAUGAAGGUGGAACAAGAGAAGAAAAAAUGCUACCUUGCACAAGAGGCCCUCAAAGAAAAGGAGAGAAAAUCUCAGUCUGUAAGUGAAGCUCUAGCAUCUUCCACUCCUUCAUUGUCCCGAUCCAGUUCCAUCAGUGGGACCGAACACGCUGGCUUGCAUUCCUCCCUAUUCUCACAGCAGGAGGAUUCUCUGGACCAUUCUUUCAGCACAAUGGCCAUCAGUGGGACAAACCUGUAUGAGGCGGCUCGGCUGGGCGGUGGGUCCAGUGUAAUUGAGAGCCUCCAGUCUCAGUUAAAACUCAGAGAGGGCGAGAUAGCCCAGCUGCAGUUAGAGAUUGCCAGUCUAGAGAGAAGCCGCACCGUGAUGUCAGAGGAGCUGGUGAGACUAACCAAUCAGAAUGAUGAUUUGGAGGGUCAAGUGAAGGAGAUUCCCAAACUGAAAGUACAGCUUAUGGACUUAGAGCAGAGGCACAACACCAUCCUGCAGAUGUAUGGAGAGAAGGCAGAAGAAGCAGAGGAACUACGUCUGGACCUGGAGGAUGUGAAGAACAUGUACAAAACACAAAUCGAUGAACUGUUAAAAAAAAAUAAAAAAUAAUGGACUUGCAGGCUGUAAACAGAGAUUCACAGUAGAAGGAGUAAUUGUGCUUUUACAGUUACG